CCACAGGUUGACCAGGCGUUUCGAAACAUUGUUCUGCUAAACCGUGACUUGCUGACCUUCUACGAGCUCUCUCUGGGCGUCUCCUCGGGUGAUUUUGGUCGACUCGAGCUCUUUCUUGGCACUCUGACUGAGGGAUUUGCUGGGGCACAGCGACAUAACUAUGUAACCGAGAUGCUUCACCUCAUUCACAAUCUAAAAAAGGUCUGGACUCCGCAGUUUGCGUAC